AUGAUGGUAUCUGGCACAAAAUUUUCAACAGACAAUCUCAGCAGAAAUAGCAACACCCCUUUGAAGGGUACUGGCAACACAACCCUUGUCAAAGACAUCAGUGAAGAAAGAGUCAAUGAGAGCAGACAGGAGGAUUUAAGAGAGAGGCAGGGACUACUGUGUGAUAAAAUGGGAGUACCCAUCCAGAUCUCUAUGGAAAAGCUUUCUGGGAAGUCUAGAAGACCACAGCUCCAAGACAUUCAGAAUACCUGGGACAAAAAAACAGAAAAAAAAAUGAUGCCGGAAGUUGGUCGGCAAAGCAGCGACCACGACAAGGAAAUAGAGAAGUUGACACGAGAGUUACGCGAAGCUAACAACAUCUUACACGACAUCGAGACCAACAUAUCUGCAUUCAAGUAUGAAAAGGAUGUAAGUCACCAAUGUCUCCUUGCCAUCAAAGAUAAUUAUCGAAGUCUGCUAGAGGAAAAAAACACCUGCCAGAAACAGAUCUCUUUUAUAAAAAAGGAACUCAACAGCUAUCGUAUUAGGGACCGACGAUUGGUGCGGGAAUUUGACCAGCUAAACCUGUGCUAUGGCAAACUGGACCAGAGGGAGCGUCUCAUGAGGAGGCAGAUUUCCCUUAUGGAAGCUGAACUCUCCCUGGUAGUGUCGAAGCUUGAGGCUCCUAAAACAAGCAAUGUUAAACCUGUUGUGCCUAGACUAGACCUCAGUAAACUUAAACAACCUAAGAAACUACCACCAGUGAAAAAUCCUUCUUGUAGCCCUCGUAAGAUAAAGGAGCUACAACAGGCUUACCCUGUGGUACCCAAUGCACCAAGGAAACUGUAUGAGAUUAUACACAUUUAUGACCAGAAAGAUUUGCCUAACAAAAUGAAGCGAAGAAUGUGGCCUCAACACUCCAGCAGUUCCCCACUUUUAGGAACUAAUGUGGCCAAAACAAUUCCAAGUGCUCGAGGUACAGGGGGUGACUGCCUUGUACCCCUAGUUGGUAGUCAUUGUCAGCUGUCUAGUCGCUCCGACAAAGAAACCAAGCCUGACUUACCAGAAGAACCCAAAAUACUAAAGUUACCCUUAAUCAAUGAGGAAUAUAAUGAUAACCAGAAUGCCUCAUGGGGAUUAGAAUCUCUAAACUUCAGAUCACUGCUACAUGACAAGCCAGACUGA